GCCACCUGCCCGUGAGCACUGGGCCUGCGCCGCCACGAUUUUCCCUUUUUAUUUAUUCCUCCACAUUCCCCUCACGCUGCUCUUGCUCGCCACCUGCCCGUGAGCACUGGGCCUGCGCCGCCACUCUCUGCGCACUCCCGAGACGCUGCCGCUGCCCGCUGCUACGAUGGACUGGGAAGAAGCGGCGACUUUGCAGGUGGAGGCCGUAGCGGCGGCGGCGGUUGAUUUGUCGCCGGUGGAGGCCGUAGCGGCGGCGGAGGAGGUUGAGGCGGACACAUCAGUCAACCGCAGCAUCGUCAACAAUCAGAGACUCACUCCUAUUGCAAAGCUUCUCAUUACAUUGGUAGGAGUUGUAAUUGCAUUUCAACCUGCUAGUGCUAUCAAGAUUCCUGAGAGUAUUAAUGGAGUGCCACUUAUUGGGAUGGAAGCGGAUCUAGAGGACUAUGCUAGGUUGGCUCGGGAAGGACGUCGAGUAGCCAAAAUGCGCUCGCCAUUUACCAUGUCAAGGGAAGGUCUGCCUGUGCUUGAAAAUCAGACUGGAGUUGCAAAACCACCGCCGGCCUGGUUAUAUAACAAGAUUGUAAAUGGCCAUGAUCAGGUGGUAUUUCUGAUUAGAAGCGAUAACCUGUAUAUCGGUGGAUACAUAAAUCCCCAAGGAAUUAUCCAUUCAUUCGCCCAAUAUUCAAGUAUGCUCCCCGGAUCCAUUUCUCUAGGAAUCGGUGGAAGUUAUAGAGACCUAGUUGGUCGUAGGUCAAACCUUGCAAACCUUGAUCUAGGCAAAAGGGCAAUGAAGAGAGCUUUGAAGAUUCUUUCUCGGUACAAACAUGGAGUCAGCGACUUCUUUCAGAUGACAACUUCACUGGCAAGGUACUCUGUGGUAUUAUGUGAGGCACAGAGGUUCACGGAGAUUCAUGAAUCUUUACUUGAUAAAUGGAACUCAAGGACUGGAUACUAUAUUCAGCGGCCUAAGGAGCUCUUAGUUAGCUGGGCUUCACUGUCGUGUGGUGUGCUGGAGAAGUGGAAACCCACCCUCAAAUAUGGUAAAACCUAUUAUUAUGAGACAUUGUGGAACUAUGACAAUGUACGGUUCAAACUUAGAACAUCAAAAACAGGAGCUCCAUAUCUCUUGAGAUUGCUGAUAAAGGGCAAAAGAUGCCAGGAUAGCAUAAUGGGCUGGGGCCACCGCCCUUAGGUAUGCAGGUGUGGAGAAGGGCAAGAUGGAGUGCAGUGAUGGAGUGCUACCCCUCCUCUGGAUCUGAAGCCUAAUAAGGAAUAAAUAAAAAGCUACAACACAUGGAGUUGACUUGGUUCCUAACUCCAUGCUGAAUAAAUAUUCUUCUGGGAUGUUACCCUGCCAAGUUGUGUUGAACAUGUAUUAAAGCAUAGGGGCACUUAUAUCUCCCCUAAUAAUAAUAAUUAAACCGGGUACUUGUCUCCCCAAA